CUUUGUUAGUGGCAUUCAGUCAGGUCAGAAAUCUAGCAUACUGUAAGGAAACAGCAAAUUUGCCACUUGUCUGUGGAUAUUACGUAUUGCUUUUCUCCAUUUCCACAUGCUGAAAUUGUGUUUCUUCAUCUGUUUGAUAUACUGGGUGAAAUCAGAUGAGGAGAAAAAAUGUCCUGAAUUUACAGAUCUUAAUAUAGGCAAUGCUUUGUCUGGAACAGAACUGCAAGUCCAGCUACUGCUAUACACAAGAGAAAAUCCAAAUUGUUCUGAGAGACUCAUUGAACAUAAUGUUACUGCAUCUGAGUACCUUAAUACAUCCAAGAAAAUUGUCUUUGUUAUUCACGGCUUCAGACCAACAGGAUCUCCACCGGCAUGGCUGGGUGACAUAAGGGAGCUUUUACUGUCUGCAGAGGAUAUGAAUCUCAUUAUAGUUGAUUGGAAUCGUGGUGCUACAACUGUGAAUUAUAUAACUGCUGUAGAAAACUGCAGAAAAGUUGCAGAAAUACUGAAGAACUAUAUUGACCAGAUGCUGGUAGGUGGAGCUUCUCUUGAUACUAUGUAUAUGAUUGGUGUUAGUCUUGGGGCUCAUAUAGCUGGUUUUGUUGGCCAGAAGUAUAACGGCAAAAUUGGCAGAAUUACAGGUCUUGAUCCAGCAGGCCCUUCGUUCACUCGAGAACCACCAGAGCAGAGACUGGAUCAUACUGAUGCACAAUUUGUUGAUGUAAUCCAUUCGGAUACUGAUGCACUAGGUUUCAAGAAGCCUUUGGGAACCAUUGAUUUCUAUCCAAAUGGAGGAAAGGAUCAGCCUGGUUGUCCACAAACAUUAUUCAGUGGACUUCAGUAUUUUAAGUGUGACCAUCAAAGAUCUGUCUUCCUCUUUUUAUCAUCUUUGAGAAGAAGGUGCAACAUAAUAACAUAUCCUUGCAACUCUUACUUGGAUUACAAGAGAGGAAAAUGUGUUGAUUGCGGAGCUUUCCAGCCAAUGUCCUGCCCAGUACUGGGUUAUUAUGCUGAUAGAUGGAAAAAAUUUUUAAUCCCAAUGAGUUCACCAAUGAAAACUUAUUUUGAUACCUCGGACCAAGACCCAUUCUGCAUGUAUAACUACUUACUGGAUAUUACUACAUGGAAUAAAAACAUUAGGAGAGGUUUCAUUAAAGUUAAAAUAACAGAUUAUAGUGGAAACACAGUAGAAUCAGAGAUGAAUAGUGAAGCUUCAACAUUUCAGCAAUAUAAAAGAGUCAAAAUACUAACUGGAUUUAACCAAGACCUUGACAAAAUAUCAAAAAUUUCCUUGACAUUUUCUACGAAGACUUUAAUAGGCCCAAAACUCAAGCUUAGGAUUCUCCAGAUGAAGCUGAAAUCUCUUAAUAAUCCAGAAAGGCUGCAGCUGUGCAGAUAUGAUUUUGUGCUGAUGGAGAACACUGAACUGACCUUCAAACCUAUCGCUUGCCCAGAGAGGAGUACAUGAAGAGUGAGCUUCUACUAACUUAAUUUCUCUUACAGCAGUGACAUUUUGAUUCUUCCUCAGGAUAAAGACUGCAAUGAGAAAGGAAAUGAGAUAAGCUAGAUUUAUUUUCAAGAGUCUACCUGGUAAUAUGUGUUACUUGCUUUGAGUGCCUUAGGGUGAAAGUAAUAGAAAAGUUCAGAUAUCUAUGUAUUUGUGAAAUUUGAAUAAAGUAAAUGUAUCAUGGUAGAGAACAUGCAAUGGUCUAUUCCUUAUUAUUUGUUAGCAGUGAAGCAACUACUGAAUUAAAUAUGAAUUAUCUGCAUAAUCCUGGCACAUUAUUUGUCAAGUCAUACAUAUAUUUAAUUAUUUAUUAUUUGUAAUGGGUUUUACAUGGAAACAUAAUUAUCUGUCUACUAAGUGAAUUUAAUAUACUGUACAUGUGAUCUACAGAUCUAAUACACAGCAGUUUUGCUGUGCUCUGUUCAUUGGAAAAAUGAAGUCACAUUUGCUCAUUAUAUAGUAUCUCAGUCUGAGAACUGGAACAAUAAGAUCUGUGGACACGUAUGUAAAUUUGCUAUUUACAUGAAUUAUCUUUAUACUUUUUGUAGAUGAAUAUUAUUGCAACCAUUCAGAUUUUUUUCUAUUAAGCCUA